UACGUAAAAAAAUUUCUGCGUCAAUAUAAAUUCUUAAAAUAAUGGAAAUAAAAAAUUUCAUUAAAAAAGAACGAGGAAAUCGAGGGCCAGGCGUUAAUGGGUUAAAAAUCUCAGAGAAAAACGCAACCGAAGAACAAAUGUGGGCUGCCGAUGGACUUAUGAGAGAUGUGUGCCUACCAAAAUUCCUCAAAAUAACUAACGAAACUGGUGCUGGAAUCAGAGCUGGUACCCUAUCUAAUGAUAAGGAUGCCAAAUGCAAUAUAAACUACGCUAUGGAAAUGAUGCAAACGGUAAGAAGUAGUAAAGAACAAAUGAAAAAGUCUAAAAAGAAGACAACUCAGGAAAGAUUGAGAUGAUUUUAAUGUUAAAAUUUUUUUAUUUCAUUCCUUUUCACCAUAGAUGAAGAAGGGAAGUUCUUGUAUGAAGCUUCUUUGAAGCAAGUCGAUAUCCUCAUGCCCGAUGAC